AGAGACAAAGAUUUCAAAAUGGCCGAGAGCUGCGCGGCUCUGGACGCGCUCGAGCGCGAGUAUGCGGUCGUCGCGAGCCAGCGACCCAUCCCGGCCAUGGACUUUAGCGACAUGGAAGCGGAGAAGGAAGAUGGCGACGCAUGCGUCGACGGCGGCGAGCAUGAGAUGCUGGGAUCCGACUCGGAAGACGAAGGGGCGCCAAUGGGCUACGAGCCGCUCAUGGCCGACAGCGACGACGAAGACGACGAGGCCGAGGCACAUGAAGAGGUGGCAGCUCCUGCGACUAACAAUCGCGAGCCAGAGAAGAUGACGGCCAACGAUGUGGCGACGAUUCAACAGGCCAUGCAGCAACUCUCGCUGCCGGCGCCGUCGUGGGGCAAGAACUUGUCGGACGAAGACAUCAUGGCGCUCCUAAUGCCCAAGGCGCCAGCGACUUCGUAUCAUCCAUAGCCUUAAGCGCAAUACUAGUUCAUCCACAUCGU